UAAUAUUUAUUUCUUCAUUUCAUAAUAUGAGUUGCAGUGAUUUUUCUAUCGAUUCUUUAGAAACCUCAGAAUUGAAUUCUAAUGAUAAGGUUAAGUAUGUCAAACAAAAUACAACAUCAAAUACUGAGUGGCAAUUGUUUGACCUGAUGUUGGUUCCUUUGUAUUCUGGACCAGUUUCUUUAAAAGAACUUAAAAAUAUAGAAGUAAAUGGUGAUAAAAUAUUAGAAUUAGAAACUAAAGAAUUUUCAAAUAUAAAUAAGAAGAAACAUUUAUCAAAUACUGCAGAUAAAUCUAGGCUGAAGAAUUGUAAACAUUCUAAAAGACAAGGAAAAAAAUACAGUUCAAGAGCAUAUUUUAUGAACAUUGAACAGAUGAAACAAAUUUCAACAAAAGACAAAGUAACAACCCAUAAGGAAUAUAAAGAAAAUUAUUGUAUUAAAAAUGAAACAACAUAACUAAUUUAUUGAGAACAAAAUAUUUUUAAAACAAGUUAAAAUGAACAAAAUACAAAACUAAAUCCUUAAACGUAAGAAUAAAUUUUAUUUUUAAAAACGUUGAAUACACAUAGUUCAAAGAUUUUAGGUUCUGAAUGAAGAGAUAAAAUGAGAAGUGUAUUGAUUUUACGAUUAAAUAUUUUUUUUCAUGUGCAGAUAAGUAUAUAUAAAUUUUCUUUUUGUUCAUCUAUCACUAUUCAUCACCUUUAAAGGUGUAAAGCAGAAAAUAAGCUUUAAUUCAACUUGAAGAGUGGUUUAUUUUAUGUAGUUGGUAAUUUGGAUUUAUACAUUACCAAAGUACAUCUUCAAACUAAUCUGGGGAAACGAAAAUAAUAAUUAAUUAUGAAACAAUGCAACAAAAUUACUAUUUUUUUUUGAUAUUUUUAAAAAUGAAGUACUGUAAUUCCUCAAAUUUAUCACUACUUUCUAGACAUUAUAUAUUAUGCCCCCUUGUUCUAUUCGCAGACACAUGAAUUUUAGAUCCUGGAUGUAGCGAUGAAUAUUUUGUUUAUAUGCAUUUACUAUGUGUAUUUUUUUGUGUGCAAGGCACUUUUUCUAACAGUAAAAUUGGCCUAAUCAUCAACUUCUAUUUUAAAACUUAAGAAAAUUAUUGGGAAAAAAAAGUGGUCUAGUAGAUACCGUUCUGCUAUACAUCCAUAAAAUGUCGAGUUGGUCACUAUAAUGGUUGUCUAGUAUAAAAAAUCAAGGUGAUUGCGAUUACACUAUACAAAAAAUGAUUCUGAGCGAUGACAGUUUACUAUUCUAUAUUACUAAUUAUAUUUUAUGAUAAUAUUAUCAUUGCUAUUAAACUAAUUUAUUUUAUUAUAAUUAGUACAACACCUAAUACCAAUGGAUUGAAUUAUUUUUUUAAAGAACAUUGCAUUUGAAAAUUUGUGUAUAAAAUACAAGGCCAUGGAGAGUUUAGUGGUUGUGAUGACCCCUCAUUCAAAGCCACAUAUUUAGAGGGAGAGUGCACCCUGUUACCCUAUUUAAAAGUAUUUUUUGGUGAAAUCAUAACUUACUUAAAUAUGUACAAGUUGUUAUAAGUAUAUAAGCUUAUGUGCUAAGAUACUUUUUAUGCUAUUGUUAAUAAACCAUGUAAAACUUAAUUAUAAAGUUAUUAUUUUCAUAUUGAAGUAAA